AUGGCGGAGCAUAAAAAACGUAUUCUAGCACUUGCAAAUGCUGCAAGUGAUAAAUUAUUGAGAGAUAUCAUGCUGAAUAUGGACAGUGAAGAAAGUGAUGAAAGUGACAAUGACGAAGAAAUACUAAUAGAAUUAAGAAGAAUAAAUAUACGCGGUUGUCGAGUAAAACCCCGUAGAAUAGAAGGUUAUGUAGAGGAAAUAAUUCCACAUUUAUCAAACAAUCAGUUUCGAGAACAUUUUCGGAUGUUACCAGAAACGGAUGAAUUGCUUGAACAAAAACUGGCAAAUGCUUUGACGAAUCAGUACGAUGAUGGCAGACCAAUGAUUCCAAUUCGUAAACAGCUUUUGGCUUCUCUUUGGUUGCUCGCAACCCCAGACUCCUACAGAUCUGUUGGAGAACGAUUUGAUAUUGGUAAAAGUUCAUUAAGUGUCAGCUUUAUGAGAGUCAUAGAUGCUCUGAAUGAAAUUGCUGACGAUGUGAUUCAAUGGCCUCAAGGUCAGAAAGCAACUCAUGUGACACAAACUUUCCAACAAAUUGCUGGAUUGCCCAAUGUACUUGAAGCAAUAGAUGGAUGUUACAUACAAAUGAAAGCCCCAAAAAAUAAUGCCUAG